AGGAACUGUGACCUUUGGCUCUAAAAAGACUAUUUUUCGUGAUAAAAUGGCAGCAGUGAAAACCCCCAGCGGAGAACCAAAGAAUGCGGAGGAACCAUUUAAUAACGCAUUGCCGCUCCUUUUGAAGAGCCUAGUGGAGGAGCCCAAGAAAAGAAGAGAAGUGCCUAACCACCUCCUAGAAUCAAAGGUUUAUGCAAAACUUCUGAAUAAUAAGGUCAUACAAGCAAAACCUGGCAUACUGCAUUUUGGAGGCUAUCAAGUAGAAAAACAACACCAACAGAUUCUGCAUCUGGUCAACAUUUCCAACGAAGAUGUACAUGUACAUAUCCUACCCCCACAGACCAAAUACUUUCAGAUCAAGUACGUGAAGAAGGAACACCGCCUUGUACCUGGCUUAUCCCUCACGGUCACCGUUACAUUUUCUCCAGAUGAAUGGCGAUACUAUUAUGACUGCAUCCGUGUUCACUGUAAGGGUGAUGAUACUUUGCUUAUUCCCAUCCAUGCUUAUCCUGUCAUGAACACAUUGGAUUUUCCCUCAUUUAUAAAUCUAUCAAAUGUUCUACUUGGUGAAAGCAAAAAAUAUGUCAUUCCUUUGCAGUGCAGCUGCCCUGUAGAUUUUGAGUUUCAUAUUGCUUUGAUUCAGUCUCAUCAGGCCUUUACUGUUAAGCCAACAUCAGGAAUAAUUCCAGCUAAUGGGAAGAUGAAUGUGACUAUAAUGUUUACACCUUUUCACUAUGGGAUGGCACAAAUAAAAAUGCAGCUAUGGAUUUCACAGUUCAACUCUCAACCCUACGAAUGUGUCUUCACCGGAACAUGCUAUCCCAACAUGGCUUUAAAGUUAGAAGAAUUUGAAAGAUUAAAUAUUCUUUCUAAGAAAGAAGAGAUUCCUCCAGAAAAGUCAAUGACAGAAAUAAAUUUUCACCGACUGCCAGCAAAAUCAAAACCUCUAAAGAUUAAAGAAAUUGAAUAUCAGAACUUGAGAUUUCCAGUGGAUUUAUCAAAUCCAUUUGCUGUGGCAUCUGUUUUAAACCAAGAACCAGGAAAAUUGAAGAUUAAAGAAUUAAGAGAAGUUUUGGACCAAGGCAAUGGGAUUUCAAAAACAAGACAGAUGAAGGAAGCACUGUUUGAACAGAAAGUCAGACAGGACACUUGUGAAGAGAUUGAAAAUCACCUUAAGUGGCAGGUGCACCUUGGUAAAGAUUAUAUGUCUUUUAAAUUUAAAAAAGACCUUGCUGAAGAGUGGCAAAGAGUAAACAACAAAUACAAGCUAGAUAGAGGAGAUCCUGUUUUGGAUGAGGAAUUUCAGCGACUGAAGACAGAAGUUAACCUCAAACGGGUUGUUCACGAUCUAGAAGAAAAAAUCAAGGAAUUUCAUCCUAAUUUUGAUCCACUUACAAAUAAUACUUGGGUCAGCAGGUUCAGGGCACAAAGGCGGUUUCAACAAGCAGCACGCAAGGUCAUGGUUCAUCGACGAUUACUCAAUAUGCUAGACGCUAUUCGUGCCAUGGAUAGAGAGACCAUAAUAAAAAGGCUCAGGCAUGAAAGACAAUCGAUAACACAAGACAAGAAUUCCUCCAAAUACCUUCUGCUACAGAUCAGUCAAGAUGAUUAUUCCAGCCGGUUCUCUGUGUCACCCAAGCAAGUGCUGCCCUUCGCCUUCCCAUCCCACAGUCCUUCCCAGGGCUCUGAUGAGUUGGCUCCUGAUGGCCUUGGACCGGUCCCAAUUAAAUCUUCAGAAAUUCAAGUCAAGCACAGCCAUUCCUACUUCAAUCUACAGGUUCCUCAGUUGUACAAAAUUAAGGGGUAUCAGCCAUUCUCUGUCCAAAGGUCUUCAACAAGUUACAGACCUCAAAAGCUUGCUCGAGCGCUGAAGCAAGGAGCUGAGGAUGAAGCCACCACUGUUAUAGCCCUGCCAAAGCAGGACAUCACCCCUCAGUUCCCUGGCAAGACCUCAACCUUGAACAUGAAACCACCCGAGGCUUUAGCCGUGUCUCCAGAUUAUGACCCACUUUAUAUUUUUAAUCCCAGCCCUGGAUUAUUUGCUGUGAUGCACCCUCUGACCUAUGCAGAAACCUUGAUAGAUUAUCAUCUGUGCUCUCACCCCAAGUACAAAUUCACUAAAGAGUCCCACAGUGGGUCCAGCAUUCCUCUCACCCAAAAACAGUUUCUCCAUCACACGGACAUUAUACCCGGAGUGAUGCUUUGGAAGAAGUUCCAGUCCCUGGUACUCUCAUCUCUGCCCGAGACCGCCACGAUGGAGAUGACACAGAGCUGUGAUUCCCUCAAUUCAACUAUGCUUCCUAUAAAUGUCCCUGCCAUUCUUAACACCUUACCAGAAGACGACAGAUUGGAAACAGUCGAACGUGAGCUCUAUGAACAGAAUGUAGAAGUUAUGUUGACUCCAGAAAUGAUUGAAAUGGAAUUUCCUAUGUUGGACCACAAGGACACCAAAAAAGAGAAAGAGGUAAGAGACCAAGCACAACCAAUGGAAAAGGCAGGAGAAAAGGUGCUGGAGGAGAUGAAGAAUCUGCGGACCAAAGCUCUCAACCCAUACCUGAUUCUAGAAUAA